CUUUCAUCGCCAUCGACCUCGUCCUCUCUGCUUCUUCUCCACACCUUUUCAUCACCAGAAUCCAGAGUUUAUCUUUCUUUUAAUUCCUCGCCGGGUUGUCUGGCCCUCUGGGUUGGCUUCAUUCCUUCUGAGUUCCGAUCCAUGCGAUACUGGUGAGAGAAUCUCUACUCGCGCUCCUCCAUGGCGUCGGUAUCGCCACCCAAACCGUGGGAGAGGGCAGGCGCUGCUGCGGGCACUACGUUGUCAGCAUCUCCAGCGACCGCCGCUUCUACUGUGUCUCCAGUAUCCCGCGUUUCGGCUGCGCCGACCGCAACAACUGCCGCUAGCACAACAUCAACCGCUCCUGACCUCCCCUCCCGACCUAACACUCUAAGCACUGUUGCAAAUCGCAAUGCGUCGAACUACUCUCCCUAUGGAGCUUCUAGAUUUACAACCACCCCGUAUGGCGGAUAUGGUGGUUAUGGCACGUACUCCUCGCCCUACUCUCGCUUCGGCACCAUGGGCUCGAUGUACGGGGGGUAUGGAGGCAUGUAUGGUGGAAUGGGCGGAGGGAUGUAUGGCGGCAUGCCAGGCGAUCCCAACGAUCCCAACAGCCUGACCAAUUCCUUCAGUCAGAGCACACAGGCUACCUUCCAGAUGAUCGAGAGUAUCGUCGGGACGUUUGGUGGAUUUGCGCAGAUGCUGGAAAGCACCUAUAUGGCAACCCACAGCUCAUUUUUCGCUAUGGUCUCCGUCGCAGAACAAUUUGGAAACCUGCGCAAUACACUAGGCUCCGCGCUGGGAAUCUUUACAAUAAUCCGUUGGUUCAAGACGUUGAUGGCUAAAAUCACCGGUCGUCCACUACCUGCCGAUGCUACUGCCCUCACGCCAGCAGCCUUCGCUGCUUUUAUGAGCGGCCGAGCCACACUCCCCGAUGGUUCUCCUGCACCUCCACGGCCGUCACGAAAGCCGUUCUUCAUGUUCCUCAUUGCCCUCUUCGGUCUGCCAUACCUGAUGGGCAAGCUUAUCAAGGCACUUGCGCGCUCGCAAGAAGAACAGCGUCAGAAGAUGAUGGUCGGUGCCAACGGUGAACAGGGCGCCCUAGACCCAUCUAAGUUGGAUUUCUGCCGGGUUCUGUACGACUACUCGCCUGAAUCCCAAGAGAGCAAUGGCAUCGACUUGGCGGUAAAGAAGGGGGACAUUGUCGCUGUGCUGAGCAAGUCAGACCCCAUGGGUAAUGCCUCGGAAUGGUGGCGUUGCCGCGCCCGGGACGGCCGUGUUGGCUAUCUUCCUGGACCUUAUCUAGAGACGAUUCAGCGACGACCACAGCAAGCUGCCAUCACAUCCGGCAGUGAAGCAGGUAGCCGCAGCAACUCGAUACAGUCGAGCCCAGCCGCCGAAACUCCUAGCAAGGGACAGAAGCCGGGGCUCCAGGGCAAGAUGGGUGAUAUCUCUCCCGAAAGUUUCCAGAAGAGCGCCUUCUAUUCAUAAACGAUUUGUGAUACCUCCUCCAUACAUAUUUAUCCCGCUUAUUGGUUACAAAGCUGGCACAUGACUGCGUCACUACAUACACCGGUGGUCACCUUGAGUUGGUGUUUCGCUGUCUUCACUUCUGCCUCCUAAUUCUUGUUCUUCCCGACUUAUUCUCUCUGUUUUAGCGAACCUUGUUACAGAGUACCUUUUUUUUUUUAACUUUUCUUGCUUUCGUCUCCGGUUAUGUGGACGCGCCAGUCAUCUAGGCUGAAUGAAACUGUGUAUGAACAUCUUAC